UUUAAUUCUUCAUCAUCACAAUUCAAUACAUUUCUCUCUUACCUUCCCUUUAGCUAGCAAAGUUUAAGAGUCCAUAAGAUGGCUAAGUCACUUGCCCUUUUUCUUCUAUUCAAUAUCCUUUUCUUCACUGUGGUGAGUUCAUGCAACACUUGCCCUGGCCCUAAACCAAAACCAAAGCCAAAGCCAAAGCCAACGCCGAAGCCAUGUCCCCCUCCUCCUUCAAAAGAAGGCAAAUGCCCAAAAGAUGCCUUAAAAUUAGGUGUUUGUGCUAAUGUGCUUAAUGGUUUGUUAAAUGUAACACUUGGAACUCCACCUGUAAAACCAUGCUGUAGUCUUAUUGAAAAUCUUGUGGAUUUGGAGGCUGCUGUUUGUCUUUGCACUGCACUUAAGGCUAAUAUUUUGGGGAUUAACCUUAAUCUCCCUAUUUCACUAAGCUUACUUCUUAAUGUUUGUAGCAAGGAGGCUCCAAAGGGAUUCACUUGUUCCUAAAUAGUUCUCUGCCUUCUCUGUUUUUGCUUUUCUGAAGUUGGUCGUUGAUUUUUUUUAUUUGUUGACAAGUUUCUGAUGUUUUAUUUGUCGGGGGAAUCUUAAUAGUUCAGUUGAUUGGCUACAUGAAUAUUCAUCUUCUUUGGUGCGAGUUCGAUUCCCCACUUGUAAUUCCUUUUCCAUUUCUCCUUCCUUAAAAAAAAAUGUUGUAUUUGUCUAUGCACUAAACAUCUUGUUAGGUGCAAGGUUGUGAUUUGCUUUGGAUUGCUAAUUGUUGGAAAGACAAGUACUGUUUGUGUGCCCUUUGGAAAUAAACAAUAUAUUUCUUAGUAUCA